UACAGGAAGAAGACCUGUGUAUUCCCCGCAGAGAAAAUAAAUAUAUAAUGAUGGGGUAUGCCUAUCUGAACUACUACGAGGCACGGGAUUAUUGCAUCGCCUACGGUGGGAACUUGCCCAACGUAUCCGAAUCUUCAACUUGGGACUUUUUCGUAAAGGUCUCAAUGCAGAACUACACCAGUUUGCUGUCUGUUUGGGCGAAUGACUGUUUCAGAUUUAUGGCUUAUGAAGGCAACUACGAUAUCAUGCCAUACCGGUGUUUGGAUGAUUUAAAAGCAUUAGCAUGUGAAGUGCCGAAGACCCAAAGAUUUGAAAUCCGUGCGGACAAUGAUGCGGAGGAAGAAGCCUUUUACCUUCUCCCCUACAGUUUCAAACCUGCAUUUCUUGCUUUGUCUGGAAGGCAGAUACAGACAGACGGGAAUUUACUUACCCUCCUCGAUUCAGAUGGCCAGAAGGUGGCUUCUGCAGUUAACAAUGGAUUACAACCUGUAGGGCGUUUCGAAUGGAAAUAUGAGAAUGAAGAAAAGAGGGUCUUUACCUUCACUGCUUGCUCAAAGGACGAAUUUACAUGCAGCAACGGGUUGUGCAUUGAUCUGAACAAACGCUGCAACGGAAUAGAAGAAUGUUCCGACGGCAGCGAUGAGGAGUGCUCUAUCUUGCUGCCCCUGCCAGCCACAUACCGCAAAGAGCGUCCUCAUAAGUUUUUCACGGAUCUUAACCUCACUGUGGCCGCGAUGGAUGUCCUUGAGGUCGAUGUCUAUGAGAAUGUAAUCAGGGUUAAUACCGAGUUUCGCACUAGCUGGCGCGACGGGAGAAUCCACCUGUCCCAGAUAAGCGCGACGGCCUCAGAAAAUGUCAUCGAUGCCGCCGACAUUUGGGUGCCGUCCAUGGAACUCAACAACGCCGUCUUCAAGGACAUUCUCUCUCACUUAAGGAGAAGCGAAGUGAGGGACGUCGUCUUGGCUCAUCGAGAAACGUCUGGUACUAUACUAACACAAGAGGGGUUGGAAGGAUAUACGUACAACGCGAACCAGGAUGCCUUCUUGGAGUUGGUCGAAAUCUUCGAGGCUUCGUACAAGUGCCACUUCGAGCUCGGUCUCUUCCCCUUCGACGUCCACGUGUGUUCAGUUAACAUUUCGCUUCGGCAGUUUAGCAGAUCCUUCAAGGCCGUUUUUCGCGAUAUUGACGUGUCGACGGCGCCCAAGUCCAAGAAGCUCCCCUUGAUCACGCCGUCUAAGUUCUGCUACAUCCCUCACGCUGAUGACAACGGUGACAUCACAAAAGUUACGUUUCAGGUUCUCCUCAGAAGACGUUAUGCUUCUUACGUCUUCACGACCUUCAGCCCAUGUUUGGUGUUGACCCUUAUCGGCUACAUGACCCAGUUCUUCAGUCAUGAAAACUUCAGCGACCGCAUCAUGGUGACCCUCUCGUGCCUGAUCGUCGUGGCGGCCCUCUUCUCCCAGAUCGCCGCCACCGUCCCCGCCUCCGCCUCCCACAAAGCCAUCGACGUGAUCUUCCUCAUUAUCAUCGUCCGCCUCUUCCUCGUUGUCCUCCACCACUCGGUCCUCUUCCUCAUCCGAAGGUCGGUCAUGAAGGCGAAGGAGGAGGCACUGGAAUCCGGCAUGGAGGGCGGGGGCGCUGUUCCCGGUCCUGCGCUGUACCAGGCUCCCAAGAAGUUCCUUUUGCCGCCGUGGACCGGGCAAGGACCAGUGACGCCAGCCAUGGUCCAUAAGGGCCACAAUCCCCCGUCAGCUUGGGCAGAACUGGACCCAAUGGCCAAGAAAGGAAAACAACAGGAAAGCAACAAGGAGGUCAGGGCAUACGAUGAAAUCUUCAACAUUUUCAGCAUCAGCUUUGGAAUGCUGGUGGACGUGUUGUGGAUCUCGCUGUACUAUUACAGCAUCAGCAGUGAAAGGGACCUCGUCAUGCAAGAGUUCGAGAAGUGUUUGGAAACCAUGAGAGCUAUUGAUUAACCACAAAUAAUGUUGGGAGAGUGGAUAGAGAAAUCCAUAUUUCAUAUCUCUUUAAAUUAUCUAAAAAAUUAUAGUAAUAAGAAAAAUCAAGCCAGUAUGAUUGUCUUUUAGGUUAAUAUGAUACUGAAUAUCAAAACUAUAUUAAAAUAAUCAAUAUUACAUUAUCUGGCACGGUCUUGGUACGUCAAAUACUGUGUGAAUCUUUGUAAUGUUUGCACGUGUCCUUGUGCUUUCCAGAAGGCAUAUUGUAAAAUUUUGAGAAACAUGUUUUUAA